AUGUUUUGGCUUAUACCGCGGUUGGUUUUUCAUGUGUUACUAGAGCCUAAGAAACCUAUAUUCAUCUUACAUUGCCAUUUGUAUGUGCGUUUCUGUUUGUUCCUCGCCAUGGCUGCCACGUUAAUUCAUCUGUUGAGAGCACAGCUGUGCCCCUCACCCCCUCUUCAUAAUGACAGUCAAAGAUGCCAAUUUUCUGCACCCAUCGGUUACAAAUUGAGAAAAAACAGGCACACACCUGCAACUGCAGCAGCAACAGUGGAGAAGAAUGACAAGAUCGAGAAACCAUUAACACCAGUGUCUCCUCCUCCCAAGCUUGAAAGGAAAAAUUCCCUUGAGUCUGAACCCAAAACUUUACUUCAGGAGGAAAUGGAUAUGGCCAGGGAGGCAGCCCUCAAAAUCAUCAAUUCCCACACUCAGGAGGAAGCUCUGAAAAUAUUCCUGACGGGUUUGGUGCCAGUGGAAACAAUUAGCCCAAAGCAGGUGAAAGAGAAUGUUGUCGCGUCUGAUUGUGAUGAGGACGAGUAA